UUUAAGCCGACCACGACCAAGGCGAAGAGAAUCAGCAUUACAAUCAAUUUGGCCAUUUUCCCCUUGAAUUAUUUCUUUUCGUUUCUGUAUUAUACGGAUCCACUGUCGACUUUAUUGCAUCUUCUCAUGCACUACCUGUGGAUUAAAAAAUGCUACAAGGGGUCGGCAGUUGCAGGAUUUUUUGCACUUUUAACACGGCAGACAGCAAUCGUGUGGAUUUUCUUCCAUGGAAUUUUAACGUUGGUUAAAACUAUGAACGAAAAGUCAAAUGGACCGGUGGGCUUAAUCGAUUAUGUGAGGCGAGCCAUUUAUAGGCGACGCGAAAUUCUACAGAAUUCUUUUGGAUAUGCCAUGAUCGGCGUAAUGUUUGCUAUUUUUGUUUAUCUCAAUGGUGGAAUUGUGCUUGGUGAUAGGUCGAAUCAUCAAGUGACUUGGAACAUACCACAAUUUCUAUAUUUCACUCUAUUCACAGGCGUCUGUGGUCUACCCCAUUUAAUUUCUCAAAUGCCCCAACUCGUUUCCUUUAUUAAAAGCAACCAAGCGGUGACUGUCUCAAUAUCCGUUGCUUACGCACUAAUCGUUCGAUUCAAUACGGUUGCUCAUUGGUACAAUUUGAGCGAUCCACAUCAUUUCACUCAUUACUUCAUAACUGCAGUCUACAACAACCCGUAUUUUGCACUUGCUCUUGUGCCACUUUAUACCAUUUGCACUGUCUUCAUCGUCUACAAUUCAUUUCGUGCCCUUGACAAAUGGACAGCUUCAGCUUUCCUAUUUGUCAUUGCAAUGAAUCUCAUAUUUCAAUUACUGCUGGAAAUGAGAUACUUUAUCGUAGCAUUCGUCCUGUUUAGACUGCUCAUACCGACAAGAAAGUGGUCGGUUUUAGCGAGCGAAUUUUGCUUUUUCGUCAUAGUUAACGUUGUUACGAUAUCACUGUACAUUCUAAGACCUAGAUUAUUCCCGGACGAUGAAAAUGAUUUCCAGCUGUUAAUGUACUAGCAAGGUAUAGACGUGUAAGAACUGAAAGAAACAUCACUAACAUGACUAGACAGUUUAAAAUAAACGGUUUGAGUGGAAAAACGUCUUAAAAUUCUUACAAAAAAAAUGUUUUGA